GCAUGUUUCAGUUUUCUCUUUGUAUAAUUGUUUGGUACUGUUCUGUGUACCAGCGGACAGUUUGUGAGAGCACGAGGUUUCAAGGUUGAUGACGACAUCCAUGGGCGCGACUGGAUCUGGAGCUGGGGCCGAUCCCGGAGAUGCGAUUGCCGAGACUGGGAAUGCUGAGACAACGACAACAGGAACGACAAGAACAACGACAGAUGCGGAUUCGAGUUCAGUGACGAAUAGGAAUAGAGAGGUGGGAAGUAGAGAGAGAAAAGAGGAGCAGGAUGUUGGUGUGUAUGGACAGGGGAGGGUGAAAGAUGAGGAGCGACCUACGACUACGGAGAGUUCUUCGAGUGCUGCUUCGGACGACCAUGAUGAUGGGAAUUCUUUGACGAGAGAGAAGACGAAGAGUACGGUUGGAGGUUCGCAGCAGGCGAUUUGGUGGAGGGUUUAUGAUUUUGUUUUUUGGGUGCCGGAGAAUUGUCGCUACGAUCCCUCCUCGCCACCCCAAUUCUCCAUCGCCCUUAACAUCCUCUUUGCCUUCGCUGGUGCCUUCACAGUCGCGAACCUCUACUACAACCAACCCAUCCUCAACAUCCUCGCCGAAGAUUUCAAUGUAUCCUACGUCCAAGUCUCUCAAAUUCCCACCCUGGCCCAAGCAGGCUACGCCACAGGCCUCUUCUUCCUCUGCCCCUUGGGAGAUAUGCUCCCCCGCCGGCCCUUCGUUCUAACGCUCGUCUUCUUCACCGCAACAAUGUGCAUCGGCCUCGCAGCAACCAGCUCGAUCCAAGUCUUCUCCGCAAUCCAAUUCAUCACCGCAAUCACAACCGUCACUCCACAACUCAUGACUCCUUUGGUAGGCGACCUUGCACCUCCAAAUCGCAGAGCCUUCGCCCUCUCCAUCGUCACCACAGGCCUCAUGUUCGGCAUCCUCCUCGCACGCCUCCUCGCCGGAAUCGUAACACAAUACACCUCCUGGCGAACAAUCUACUGGCUCUCCGUCGGCCUCCAAUACCUCAUCUGGGCUCUCCUCUGGAAAUUCAUGCCCGAUUACCCCCGCACAAACGAAAACCUCAACUACUUCAAAGUCCUAUGGAGUAUCGUAGGCAUGUACUUCAAACACCCCGUCCUCGUCCAAGCCUGUCUCGUCGGAUUCUUCACUUCUUCAACAUUCACAAACUUCUGGACAACGUUGACAUUCCUCCUCGCCGGCGAACCAUACAACUACACCCCCGUCGUAAUCGGCCUCUUCGCCCUCAUCGGAAUCAGCGCAAUGGCAAUCGGUCCCCUCUACGCCAAACUCGUCACAGACCGUUUCGUCCCCUUAUUCACAGUCCUCUUAGGAAUGUGCUGGUGUCUCAUCGGCACCACAAUAGGAACUUACACCGGAACAUUCACAGUCGCGGGACCUGUAAUUCAAGCUUUACUGAAUGAUUUCGGAAUGCAAACGAGUCAAAUUGCGAAUCGGAGUAGUAUUUUUACUGUGGAACCGAAAGGGAGAAAUCGCGUUAAUACGGCUUAUAUGAUGUUUACAUUUGCGGGACAGUUGACGGGGACGAGUGUCGGGGCGAAAUUGUUUGAGAGGGGUGGGUGGGUGGUUAGUGGGAGUUUUAGUGUUGCGGCUAUUGGGGCUGCGUUGGUUAUUACGAUUGGGAGGGGGCCUUGGGAGGAGGGGUGGGUGGNUGGUCGCGAAGGAGGAAAGUAGCGGGCAGCCGCAGCCGUUUGGUGUGGUGGAUGAGGAGGAGGGGAGGCAAGUGCAUGGGAUGGAAGUGGAUGAGCACGAACAUCGGCAUGGGAGAGAUGAUCAGGUUGCUGUGAACGAGACAAGUGCGGAGAAGAGUUUGGAGUUGGCAGCAGCGGAGGAUAAUAUGGAUAGCAGGAGAGACGCUGCUGGAGUCGAUGACAUUUCUGCAGACCCAAAGCGGUCAUGAGCACGAUUCACAGCAUCUUGGGUGGCAUUUUGAUAGCGUUUGGCACGAUCACGAGACGACGAGCAUGAAUGAUAGAGGUGGAAGACGAGAAUUCGAAGUCUUUCAUUUCAUGUUGCUGAAUGUGGGACACGUCA